AAAAUUCUAUUUCCGGUGUGUGUCGGAGGUUGUCGUGGCUGACUCCAAACCAGCGGCGAAGAGCUUCGUUACCAAGCAAGACAAAAACAAAACACCAAAAACACCGUAUUUGUAUUUAUAGCGUUCGACAAUCUUUUUGUCAACAUGUCGCAUUAUAAGGCUCCAGACCACAAGAGAGAGCAAUUUCGGAGGUAUUUGGAGAAAGCUGGUGUUGUUGACAGUUUGACCAGUGUUUUAGUAGCGCUGUAUGAGCAACCAGAUAAGCCUAACAACGCUCUGGAAUUUGUCAAGCAGCAUCUUGGCACACCCGGCCUUACAGAAUCUGACACGGAGGCUCUGCAGCAGGAAGUGGUGGACCUGAGGCAAAGGUGUGCCCGUCUGGAGGAAGAGAACCUCGACCUCAAAGCCAGACUUGAAAUCCACGAGCCACCACCCGAAGAGCCUGCUGUUGCGGAAUAGACUUCAGCUCAACUCCAGGGAUGUUUGACUGCUUUAAGUUUUGAUGUUUUGUUUGGUUAGUGCGACUUUGAAGGAAAAAAAGAAAUAAAACGUGCCUUUUUCUAUCACCACACAAGUCAUCUAAAAUUCACAUUAUGAAUAGGACAGCUGAGAAUAUAUUUACUGACACGUAACCAUACCUACAGCUUUUAUAUUCAUAAUUGCUGCUCAGACGUAUAUUGAGGUUGUAACGUCACAUCUUCACUUAGUCUUGUCACGUUAAACUGAUUGUAAUUGUGUAGAAAUCAAUGAAAACACUGCAGAGGAAACAUCAAAACGAAAGCCAUUUCAGUACGAUACUUGUACGAUGUCUAGACACAGUAAGUCCUGUAUAUUUUUGUUGUGUUUGAUUUAAAUGCACACAUUAGUAGCAGGUGAGUUUUGUGAGUUUAUUUGAAUGAUUAAAAAUAUUUUGCAAAUGCUA